UUGUCAUUUUCAGGAAGAGGAGCUCCUGCUGCUGUGAAACACUGGAGUGUGAAUGCACAGGGUCAACAUGGAGAACAACAAGCCAGUGAAGGAAGUGCUCCCCCUGCCGCGCCUUCCUGCUUCACUUCCUGUGACCUCUCCCUCUCUGACCCCUGCUGCCACUUCAAAAAAACACACCCCAGGCUCCAUCCAGCACGUACAGGUGGCCUCCUCAGUGGUGACGUCAUUCAGCCAUCUGAAGCCUCCAGAGAAAGAUCUCACCCUGAUGUCUCAGAUGAAGUCUAUCAAGUCUCUGAGGCACGCUGGCUUUACUGCGGUCUUCACUGGGCAGACGAAGCUUGACAGUGAGGAGGUUUUAGAGGAGGUACCAAUCGUCGAUGUGAUCCUGGCCGACAUCGACUCCCUAGUGCCCACUCACGAUGAAGCCGGCCGCCCCAUAGCAGAGUGGAAACGACAGGUGAUGGUGCGGCAGCUGCAGGUCAGGCUGCAGGAUGAGGAGGAACAGAGGAGACAGGACAUGACUAAUGGCUUCACACCAGUGGAUGGUUGGAAGUACUCCCAAGCCCACAAUGCAGUCUUGGGGCCUUUUGGUGAGCUCCUGACUGAGGAUGACCUGGUGUACCUGCAGCAGCAGAUCGAGACUGUUUCACUGCAGAAACGCUGCCAGGUCUAUGAGCUGGAGCUGACCAGGCUGACUGAGGAGCUGAGGGCCAUUUUGCCUGAUCCCAUUGUCAGCAUCUCCCUUAACAAAGAGGUGCUACAGCAGAUGGAUGCAGAGGGGAAAAUGCACCUGACCUUGCCAGUCUGGUGCAGUCGUGUUUCAGAGAUUGUCAAGAGUAUGUCUCUGCUGGUGGCCAAUCUUACCCACACCACAGAAGAUAGCGGUGAGAAGAGAAUAAUGGAAAGCAUGAUGGAGGAAAUGAAGGGGUUGCAGGGCGUGAAAGAUAGUUCAAGAAUUGAUUUGGGCCAGGGACUCGAGCAACAAGGCCAAGAGAUGGGUCAUUUGGAGACCUCUAGUGGAUCCUGUAGGAUACCUCACAUCGGCAUGGCGUCUGCUUUCAGCCACCGUUUGGAGACCAACAGCUACAGCAGAGCACGGAGAGAGAGGGUGGAGAAGGAGAUCCAGCAGUCUGGAGUGUCAGUCAGAAACCUAAGAUCCAACUUUGAAGGUCAAAUCGGUGGUAUUUAUCCCUUUGCUGGGGUUGUGAAAGGAGGCCAGGAGUUGAAGAACCAGGUAGUGGUUGGGGCUUCAGGAGGAAACAAUCCGAGUGUCAGCACAGGCCCCAGUUGUGAGGCAAGCCACAGCGAUACUCCUAGAAGACUUAUACCUGUGAUGGAGACCACCAGCUUAAGGAAAGAGCGUAUAGUGGUGCUGUUUCUGAGCCACUGGAAGAAAUCUGCAUAUGCUAUUUCAGUCAGAGCAGCCAGGCAGAGACAGGGACAAGAGGCAGCGUCAGGGAGAGUGACAGCAGCACCACCCCAACAGAGAAUCACCUCCAUGUUUCAGUUCUGCCAACAACGAGGUGCUGUGGACAAGAUGCUAAACUCCUGGAAGAAUAAACUAGAAUUCAAAGAGGGGCAGAAGUCCUGUUGGUCCACCUCUACCUCACAAAAUUCCCCCUCUCGAGUCACCUACUCCCCAGAACAAUUCCUGCCCGACGAGGACGGUGUUCCGGUUAGCUACGACAGCUUGACCCUUGACCUCUUCAUGCUGGGAUACUUCCACAUCUUAGAGCAAGAACUGUCGCCCGAGGAGAGGAAGAUGAGGCAUCUCCUCUGCUUUGAAGUGUUUGACCAUGUCGGUAGUUUCCCCUGGGAGACGGUACGGGAUUUCCACAAGGCGGUUCUCCAGGAAAUCCAGGCUGGGAGGCGACAGUGGAGCAAUGGCUUCGAGGACAUCAAAGUCCGUUUCUUCGGGGUCUCAAAACCGUGCCGCAGUCCGUCAUCACCACCAUCGUCAACGUCACUGUUGCCAGAUUCCAGACAAGUACCAAAAGUCAUAGUUCAAACUGCUACUCCAGAUGAGUGCAGCAGCACAGACUUCUCCUGUUUCAACAAUGAAGACAUUUGUAAAUACAUUGACCGCAGCUUUGCCUUCUGGAAGGAGAAGGAGGCAGAGCUGUUUGAUUUUGAACAUUAGUCUUAAGGAUAAAUGUCACAUUUUUGCCACUAAAUGAUAGCAUGUAGGUGUGCUUAUUUUCUGAUGGGACCUGAAUAAAAGUAUAUUGAGAUGUUGCAUUAUUGAUGCAAAGUUAUUGCAAAUCUCCAGCUUAUCCAGUCCUGUAGCUUCUGCAAACACAAAAUGAUGCUAUGACUGACAUUUAAAAGAGCUUUAUGACAUAGCGAUAGAAAGUUACAUUCAGAUGGUGAGAUCUCUGAGGACUCUUGUAAUUUGUAAGCACUGCUGCUACUUAAAGGGGCAAUCCACUUAUUUCACAAUACCACUGGGGGCAUGAAGGUUGAAAGAUGUGGGUGUUUACUAGGCAGGGACUAAUGAAGGACUCUAAACUGCAUUAUGGGAUGUGUAGGAUCCAGUUUUUUAAAAACCCAUAUGGGAGACUAAAAUCUGGAAU